CUACUAACAAGAUAUGCCUUCUGUAGCCCUUCCCUUAUGCAUCUUCCUCCUCCUUCUCUCUGCAGCUUCACCGGUCAUCGGCGACGAGGAUUCUCAGUCCCCGACGGUAUACGAGAUUCUACAGGAAUACGAUUUUCCGGUAGGGAUACUUCCAAAGGGCGUAACAAAGUACGAACUCAACAAAACGACGGGCAAUUUCGCUGUUUACUUUAACAAAUCGUGCAGUUUCAGCAUAAGCGGCUAUAAUCUCAAGUAUAUGAGUAAGAUUACUGGUAAAAUCUCUAAGGAUCGACUUGCGAAUUUGGAAGGCGUACAGGUGAAACUGCUUUUGUUUUGGAUCAAUAUUGUGGAAGUUACUCGUGACGGCGACGAUCUAGAUUUCUCCGUCGGUAUUGCUUCUGCUGAUUUUGCAAUUGAUAACUUCUAUGAAUCGCCACAGUGUGGAUGUGGAUUUGAUUGUGUGAAUUCCGGAGAAAAGGGAACUGGGAAGUUCGAUUUGAGGCAGCUUAUCUCUUCGUCUUGAAUCGUUAACUGAAAUUU